CACCUCGCGGGAGUUAAGUACACUAUAAGAAGCACCUCGCGACAACAAUCUCCUCAGUCGGCGUCCUUGUGUGCAGUCAAGUUAUUUAGGCGGUCUCAGUCCCUGCCCACCAGCCAUCAUGUGUGACGAUGAGGACAUGUGCGCCCUUGUGGUUGACAAUGGCUCCGGCAUGGUCAAGGGAGGAUUCGCCGGAGAUGACGCCCCUCGGUCGGUCUUUCCCUCCAUCGUUGGCCGCGCACGUCACCAGGCCGUGAUGGUCGGUAUGGGUCAGAAGGACGCCUACGUCGGUGAUGAGGCCCAGAGCAAGCGAGGUGUCUUGACACUCAAAUAUCCCAUCGAACACGGAAUCAUCACCAACUGGGACGACAUGGAGAAGGUUUGGCAUCACACUUUCUACAACGAACUUCGAGUAGCUCCCGAAGAGUCCCCUGUCCUCCUGACUGAGGCUCCUCUCAACCCCAAGGCCAAUCGUGAGAAGAUGACACAAAUCAUGUUUGAGGUCUUCAAUACACCCGCCAUGUACGUGUGUAUCCAGGCUGUCCUGUCCCUGUAUGCCUCUGGCCGUACCACAGGUCUUGUCUGUGACUCUGGUGAUGGUGUGUCUCACAUGGUCCCUGUAUACGAAGGUUAUUGCCUUCCUCACGCCAUCCUUCGUCUCGAUUUGGCCGGUCGUGACUUGACUGCUUACAUGAUGAAGAUCAUGACUGAGCGCGGUUAUUCCUUCACUACCACCGCUGAACGUGAAAUCGUCCGUGACAUCAAGGAGAAGCUCUGCUACAUCGCCCUUGACUUCGAGAGUGAGAUGAAUGUUGCUGCUGCUUCAGCUUCCCUGGACAAGUCCUACGAACUUCCCGACGGUCAGGUCAUCACCAUCGGUAACGAGCGCUUCCGCUGCCCCGAGUCUCUGUUCCAGCCCUCCUUCUUGGGCAUGGAAUCUGCUGGUAUUCAUGAAACUGUCCACAGCUCUAUCAUGAGGUGCGAUAUUGAUCUGAGGAAAGAUCUGUUCGCCAACACAGUCAUGUCUGGAGGUUCCACCAUGUACCCUGGUAUUGCUGACCGUAUGCAGAAAGAAAUCACUGCCCUUGCUCCUUCCACCAUCAAAAUCAAGAUCAUUGCUCCUCCCGAGCGUAAAUACUCCGUGUGGAUCGGCGGUUCCAUCCUGGCCUCUCUGUCCACCUUCCAGCAGAUGUGGAUCACCAAGGAUGAAUACGAGGAAUCCGGACCCGGCAUUGUUCACCGUAAAUGCUUCUAAAUUAUAUAUAAUUAUAUGAAAAUAUCUAAUGAAAAAAACUAUUUUGCAAUAAAAGUUGCUGCAGGA